UGGCAGCAUCUGGAGAGGGUAAAGCUUCAGUUAGUACAGAGGAGUGACUUGGGAGACAGGAAUUUUGAAACUCAAUUGGAGAAGUUGAUUUCUGCCCACGGUGCGACCUGGGAUUGUUUUUUCCUGCUGUAAAACGCCAGCUCUCUCAGCCACCGUACCUAAACUAUUUGUCUUCAGCGAAGCGGAAAUUUGCAGAUUCCCUAAAUGAAUUUAAAUUUCAGUGCAUAGGAGAUGCAGAAACAGAUGAUGAAAUGUGUAUAGCAAGGUCUUUGCAGGAAUUUGCUACUGUCCUCAGGAAUCUUGAAGAUGAGCGGAUACGGAUGAUUGAGAAUGCCAGCGAAGUGCUCAUCACUCCCUUGGAGAAGUUUCGAAAGGAGCAGAUUGGCGCUGCCAAGGAAGCCAAAAAGAAGUAUGACAAGGAGACAGAGAAGUAUUGUGGCAUCCUAGAAAAGCACUUGAAUUUGUCUUCCAAAAAGAAAGAAUCUCAGCUUCAGGAGGCAGACAGCCAGGUGGACCUGGUCCGGCAGCAUUUCUAUGAAGUAUCCCUGGAGUAUGUCUUCAAGGUGCAGGAAGUCCAGGAGAGAAAGAUGUUUGAGUUCGUGGAGCCUCUACUAGCAUUCCUACAAGGGCUCUUCACUUUCUACCACCACGGUUAUGAGCUGGCCAAGGACUUCAACGACUUCAAGAUGCAGUUGACUAUUAGCAUACAGAACACAAGAAACCGCUUUGAAGGCACCAGGUCGGAAGUGGAAGCGCUGAUGAAGAAGAUGAAGGAGAACCCCCUCGAGCACAAGACCGUCAGCCCCUACACCAUGGAAGGGUACCUCUACGUCCAGGAGAAGCGUCACUUUGGAACUUCGUGGGUGAAGCACUACUGUACAUAUCAACGGGAUUCCAAACAAAUCACCAUGGUACCAUUUGACCAAAAGUCAGGAGGAAAGGGGGGAGAAGAUGAGUCAGUCACCCUCAAGUCCUGCACACGGCGGAAAACAGACUCUAUCGAGAAGAGGUUUUGCUUUGAUGUGGAAGCAGUAGACAGGCCAGGGGUUAUCACCAUGCAGGCGUUGUCUGAAGAGGACCGGAGGCUCUGGAUGGAAGCCAUGGAUGGCAGGGAACCCGUCUACAACUCGAACAAAGACAGCCAGAGCGAAGGGACUGCACAGUUGGACAGCAUUGGCUUCAGCAUAAUCAGGAAAUGCAUCCACGCUGUGGAAACCAGAGGGAUCAAUGAGCAAGGGCUGUACCGCAUCGUGGGGGUCAAUUCCAGGGUGCAGAAGCUGCUGAGCGUCCUGAUGGACCCCAAAACAGCUUCUGAAACAGAAACGGAUAUCUGUGCUGAAUGGGAGAUAAAGACCAUCACUAGUGCUUUGAAGACCUACCUAAGAAUGCUUCCAGGACCACUCAUGAUGUACCAGUUUCAAAGAAGUUUCAUCAAAGCGGCAAAGCUGGAGAAUCAAGAGUCUCGGGUCUCUGAAAUCCACAGCCUUGUUCAUCGGCUCCCAGAGAAAAACAGGCAGAUGUUACAGCUGCUCAUGAACCACUUGGCAAAUGUUGCUAACAACCACAAGCAGAAUCUGAUGACGGUGGCAAACCUUGGCGUGGUGUUCGGACCCACCCUGCUGCGUCCUCAGGAAGAAACCGUAGCAGCCAUCAUGGAUAUCAAGUUUCAGAACAUCGUCAUUGAGAUCCUAAUAGAAAACCAUGAGAAGAUAUUUAACACUGUGCCGGACGCCCCCCUCACCAACGCCCAGCUGCACCUGUCUCGGAAGAAGAGCAGUGACUCCAAGCCCCCGUCCUGCAGCGAGAGGCCCCUGACGCUCUUCCACACCGUGCAGUCGACAGAGAAACAGGAACAAAGAAACAGCCUCAUCAACUCCAGUUCGGAAUCUGUCGUCUCAUCGAAUGCAAACAGCAUCCUUAAUUCCAGCAACAGCUUGCAGCCCAACAUGAACUCCAGUGACCCAGACCUGGAUAUGCUGAAACCCACCCGGCCCAACUCACUCCCCCCGAAUCCAAGCCCAACUUCACCCCUCUCGCCAUCUUGGCCCCUGUUCUCGGCGCCAUCCAGCCCUAUGCCCACCUCAUCCACGUCCAGCGACUCCUCCCCCAUCAGGUCUGUUGCAGGGUUUGUGUGCUUUUCUGUUGCUGCUGUUGUCCUCUCAUUGGCUUGGUCCUCUCUUCAUGCAGUGUUCAGCCUCCUCGUCAACUCUGUUCCCUGCCAUCCAAACCUGCACUUGCUUUUUGACAGGCCAGAAGAAGCGGUUCGCGAAGACUCCAGCAUGCCGUUCCGGAAGGCAAAAGCCUUGUAUGCCUGCAAAGCAGAACACGACUCCGAGCUGUCGUUCACAGCAGGGACGGUCUUCGACAACGUUCAUCCGUCUCAGGAGCCUGGCUGGUUGGAGGGGACUCUGAAUGGAAAGACGGGCCUCAUCCCUGAGAACUACGUGGAGUUCCUCUAACCAUGGGCCCCAGCAGAGCUGCUGAGCUUUCCACGGUGUCCGUGACGACCGCCGAUGCCAGUGUUGUGGGCCGCUCCUCUUCGCCGCUGAGAAAUGCAGGGUGACUGACUCUGCUGCUACCUGUCGACACAAAUGUUUCUGUGAACUCUGGUGUCACCCAUCCCCAUGAUCAUCUCAGCUGACAUGCGGUGAUACUGCACAAAACAGUAGAUCAGCAGAGGAGGCCACUUGACUUUGAUCACCAAGGGAAAGGCUUACAAAGCCAUCGCUCUCGUGUAGCACCCUAAAUGGGGGGUGUCCAUGUUGUUUCGACAGUCAUCCAAACCCCAACCUUCUGAACAAGGGAGUAAGUGAGGCAGAAGUAGUCCCCAGGAGCAGGCAGUGUGGCCGGCUCUGGCAGGGCCGGGCAGUGCCUGAGAUCCAGGCUGGAUCCACUGCCUCUGUUUACAGUAGAUGCUCUGUCUAUCCCACCUCUAAUUACUUGAGACCCACAGUGCUCCAGGCAGCUGGGCCUGUUCGCAGGCAGGAUGGAGAGGGGUUACGGCACUGUUUACAUAAGAUCCAAUCUCUCACCAUCUCUCAAGCAGCCGUUGGCCCAGCGUCAGCAGAAUUCUGUCCAGUCCUCUCAUGCAAGGGAGCACACGCACCCCACGGCCCCCUCCCCCAAGCUAGGAACUUCUCUGCCACCGAGGGCUGCCAUCGCCUCGUAACCACGGCAACCCAGCCUACUCUGAAACCAAACCGAAGAAUCACACAUACUCUUCUGCGCGACGUGUGUUUUUUCCCUUCCCCACUUUCGGUCGUUUUUUGAAUGGUUUUCCAACAACCUGAAGCGGACGAUCAAGGCAGGAGAGUGGUCUCCUUGGGGGCAGAGCAAAUAGCAGCUGGGAGCUGUUCCCUUUCUGAUGAGUUUCAGCAGCACCAGGAUAUAUUUGGAGCAAACUCUAGUAACCUCUUGAGAUUAAAUUUCAUACAGGCUUCAUAUUUCUGUUCUUCCAUGCAACUCGUGUUUGCUUUCCAGAGGGCAAUGUGCUGCCUCCCAAUGGGUGACCCCCUCCCUCUGAUUCAUUCCCUUGUGGCCUCCCAUUCACCCAUCCCUCCCCUGGUGCUUGUCCACCUCUAGGCCAUCACUGACCGGCCCCCCAGGCGGUGCCCUGGGCUGCUGAGCACUGGUGCCCUGGUGGUAUUCAGGCCUGAUUCCUGGGCUAGCCCCUUGACCUCUAGUUUAAAAGGGCAUCUAUGUUUACUGCUACUCAGAAAAAGGGAAUUGUUCCUCAGGCUUUUGAGGCAUGAGACGAAUAUCGUAAGCCAUUGUGAUUUAGGAGGACACCAAAAGGUCGGGGCAUGGAGGGUGAGACAGGUACCCUCUGAGAAAGAGAAUUUCCUACUUGGACCAGAAGGGGCUGGGUCUUGUGGAAGGCCGCCUUGGGUGGGGAAGUUUGGCCUGGAUGUUUCCAAUUCACUUGGCCUCCAAAGAAGAGAGUUCCAGUAUCUUCCGCAUUUGAAUGUCCUUGCAGGAGUGAUUCUGGACCAACUCCAGACUAAGGGACUGUCGAGCUCCUUCGGAGCCCCUCGGGAGGGCAGCCUUUCUCCAGAGUGUUUCCUGCCUCUGGAAUUCCUUUUUAGGGAACUUUAAAGAAGAAAAGAAAAACUUGAAUUGUGUUGAAUUACUGUAUCUUUUACAUUUUUUUUUGAAAAGAUAAAUUGUAAAUAGAGUGAUUUGAAAUACUUUAUGGCAAAGUUUUAUAUUUGAUAUUCUUGAAGCUCCACGCGUUUAAGCUCUGAUUUCUGAACAAGUGUGUGUAAGAGGGAGAGAGAGGACGCCAGGUUGCAGGGAGUCAAGGUCACGCCCUCUGUGGCCUUGAGGAAUGAGGAGAUAGUUCUUGCACACUCUCUUCUGGUUCUCAUUGGUGGACAUGACACGUCAGUGGUGUUCAGUCUUCUUUAUCCAGAUGUGUUUCUGAGCAUCUCUUGGUCUUUGGAUUUGGAGAUGGAAAGAGCAUCUCCAGGCAAUGAACUUUUCAAAGGACUCCUACCUGGUAGUAAGAUGAAGCUCAGGAUUUAAAUAGGUGAGGCCAGGGGUUAAGGUGGGGUCUUUUUGUUUUUUUUUUUCGUUUUGGGUUUUUUUUUUUUUUUCAUUUUUCUUCUCAGGUGUAUUUCUUGGUACCCCAGGAUACCAGGACAGAAAGAGAUGGGAUAAUUGCGUGCUCCUUAAGGCUGACUCUUCUGCACAUCUUCUAAGGCUUUAUGAAAGAGGCUAAGCUAGUUUGCAAAUGUUGUGUGUGUCUAAGUUCUAAGAACAACUGGUUUCUUAGGAUCUUUAGUUCUCAAGAUGCUGCUGCUUCCCCUCUCCCUAAACAAGUUUUUGCCCCCUCCUAUUCAUCUCAGAUUUCCUAUGACCCCAUUAUAAAAGGGGGAAAAACUCCAAAGAGGGGUGGAGAUUGUGCUGUUACAGAUGGUUUGAAAGUUAAUAGGAGUUUGGCGCUGUGAUUCGGUUCGUCAGCUCAAGGAUUACACUAUUACCCAGGAGCUCACCAAGCAGCAAGUGAGAUGCUACCACUGAAUCAGGGAACAAGGAUUAAGACUGGACAGGACCAAGGUAGGACUCAGGAAAGCUACCACUGAAAACCCAAGAAGGAAAGGCUACACCUGCUCCUUGCGGACUUGGAACAGCUUGAGGACCUGUUCACAGGAGCCAGAAGGGACAAGCAGCCCCUAUACCGCUGUGCUUUCCAAAUAGAGUAUGCUUUUAGCACAUUCGACAUUUUAAAUUGUCACCUGCCCCAAUGGACUCUUAACUAGAGCUAAUGUAGGGGGACCAGAAGGCCCAGGCCCUGGCUUUGGGAGUUCCUUGCUGAAGCGUGCCUGUUGACACUUGGCUCCAGCUUGACCACUUGGAAAGUCCCUCCCUCCUCAGUUGGCCCUGAUCUGAAGCCGAGAGAGAUGGGGCUGCUGCCAAUGGGAAUUUUUAGGUAGACCCCUUCCUGGCUUCUCUGGGCCAUGCCAGGCCCAUGACAGAUGGCUGCCCUGUUUCCCUUUCCCCAGCCAGGCUCCCCUUUUCCCUCAUGGCCACAGACCUGGAGACGCUGUUCAGAAUAGGAGCCAACAAAUAAGUAGGAACUUGAAGACGGAAAAUGGGUGUUCCCCUCCCCCCGUCUGUGCUUCCCACCUCUAGCUCUGACUGCUGCGAUAGGGGGUCUUAGAGCAGGUGAGGGGAGUGGACUGGGUAUCAGAGUGGAAGACAGUUGACCCAAAUCCCUGAGCUUUGCCAGGAGCCUCGUGUUUCUUCCGGAAGGCCCUGGGAUCAGGUAGGCGCGCACAGCCUGCAUUGUUCUGGGGUCCCAAGGUUACUCCUCCUCAAGGCACUCACAGAAUCCCUUGGCUGCAGGAUGCAAUGCCUUGAGAAGAUAAUCGUUUCAAGCCCUUCCCCCACCAAGGAAAUUCCUGACUUGCUCAAGGCUGAUGAUACUCCCUUCUGCCUUCAAAUCUAAAUAUAGAGGGAUGGACCCUGCACUGCCUGCCUUGGAAUCCUAGGACUGGGGCCAGUUUUUAGCUUCGUAUUUCUACAGCCAAUAUGUGUUUUCCUCUAACAGACCAAACUGUUGUGGUUUUUUUUUCCUAACAUAAUUCCAGUUCCUCUCCUCUUGCGGAGUAGUGCUUUUUGGACAGAAAGGCAAGAAGAUAACACAGAAAGCAAGCAUUCAAGUAUUGGCCAACUGGCAUUAGCACAGAGCCAUGCUGGUGAUGAGGUCAUUUCAGCAUUUUCCAGGACUGUGUGCUUAUGUGUGCCACACCUGUAGCUCAAAGGGAAGUCUUUCUGCCGUCAGAGUUUGUGUCUCUUGAAAAUAGGCCAUCCCAGUCACACCGAAAGCUCUGUCUUGACCAAAAACACCCGUGAUUGAGGAGGAGGCAGACAGAAAUAAUCAAGUAAAGAUAACGUGACCAGAUAUUCAUGACCAUCCGUUGGCACCUUUCAUCUUCUCGCUUCUGUUUCCAAAAGCAAGUCAGGACCGCUCAGUUUUCUAGAUUCCCAGGUACAACAGUGGCUCUCAUGGCACUCACAGUUCACUUUAAUUCUGAAUGUUUUAGGAGCAACCAUGAUACCCAAGUAGGUAGGUAGCCAGCCUUGAAGAAACCAAAAAACCUCUUAGCUACCUGACUUUAAGAGGAACUUCCUGAGUGUUCUACUAGUGAGUUAUCUACCAUAUCUAGCACAGCAGACAGUACUCAGUUACCUAGACAACCCUGCCCCACACCUCUUUUAAGUCAGCUGGGUGUCUUCUCACACACCCUGCGCUGGUGUUCCAAAAAUGUAUCUCAUCCUGCUCAAAUGUGUUUGGCAACCACACUGGUGCGCUGAGUGCUAGACCAGUUCUCUGUCAGUGUUGCAUCCAGAUGACAACAGCAGCAGAGGAAUGGACCUUGCACAAACCUCCUGCAUGCCUGAGACCAGACUCCAGCAAGUAAUCAUUAGCUUUUUUCCUUUCACUGCCUACAGUACUGCUGUCACUAAACAGCUCCCCAAAGCAGGAGAGGCCGUACAGAGAAUCCAGGCAUCUUUCAGAGGCAGCCCUUGCUGAGAUGUGAUCUUCUAAUGGUAGCACAUGUAUUGUUAGGAGAAAAAGGGUUGGAUGUAAAGUAAUGCUGGGAGCAAAAAGAGAAAGGCAAACCAUACUGAAGAACUUAAGAUUUUUUAUGAGAGGGAUAAAUAUAGGGGGAAAAAUCUAUCACAGAGGAAAUUCACAACUAAGGCUUUUACAGCAGUUUUGCAGGAGACUACAAGAUGAAAACAUCUCUGAAGGCAGAAUGCUUUAGAGAGCAAAGGCUUGGCACAGUCCUAGACCCACGUAAGGGUGGCAACCCUUACUAUGUCAAAACUCUCUUUGGUGUAGUCCUUGAGAACCACGAGUAGUGAUCAUCAAAAUGUCAGAAUUACCUGGAGCAGUCCUAGAGAGGCCAGGACACCCGCCACCAUUCUACAUCAACCAUUUCUACAAAGUUGUCCAAACAGACACCUACAAGCUGCUUCCUUGGGUCUUCAGGUGCCAGGGUCAACCUCGUACCUGCGCUAAGAGGUUCAUCUUAUGAUGAUUCUUAAGUAUUUACAUAUCAGUAUGUGUUUGUGUGUGUGUGUGUGUACAGCUCACAUUUAUAUAUGUAAAGAUGUAGACUCUUCUAGAAACCCACACAAGCUGGCAGCCGCUGAGCCUUGACAGCCUUUAAGGUUUGAAGGUUGAGAACUAGAGAAGCAAGACAGGCUGUUGAUUGACUAUCAAAAUGAUCAAAGACGUCAGUGUAGUGCCAUUUGAAAACUUCGUCCGUGUUUAUCGAAUGGUUAUGGUCUACAGCUGUAGUCCUCAUUAACUUAUUAAGAGUCAUGUUGGAAAAAAGAUCACACUUGUAAACAGCCGGUAGCGAUUCCUAGGCCAGUGUUCACAAGCACUCUAAAAGGCAUUCUGUCCAUAUUUCAGAGAAGACAAUAUUUGCAUGCUUAAUUCCUAAUUUAGGCUACUUUUGAGUAUAUUAUAAAGUGCUGUGGGACAUAAUAUCAGUAAACUACUUAAAAUGGCACUUUAAUGUUUUUUUUUAAAAAAAUCAUAAAUGCACUGUUUUAAACUUCAAUUCAGUAUUGAAUAUUGACUAGUGUGUAGAAUCCAUUUUCGUAAUUAAACAGUAAUUUGUGACUAGAUUAGAGCUUUUUCCCUGUGAUUCGUAAAACAGUUUUGCCAUGUUCAGGCUUUAUAAGGAAAAAAAAAAACCUGUGCUUUUGCGUCACUAAGCAUAUCUAAAGAGAAAAUGCAGUUUCUGUCAAGUGGCCUCUGAAACUUGGCUUCUUACGUUCAGUUGGUUUAUGUGACAAUCUCGAUGAAAUGAGUGGAAGUAUGAUUUUUGAAUUAAAUGACUUUUCCAUUUGGUGA